AUGAGUGCCCCUCAGCUCAAUAAGCUCGCGGCGAACAGCCCGUCCCGCCAGAAACCCUCGGAGCUGGAGACCGCCAUUGCUGGCGCUCUUUACGACCUCGAGACGAACACUGCCGACCUCAAGGUCGCCCUCCGGCCUCUGCAGUUCGUGUCUGCCCGCGAGAUCGAAGUUGGCCACGGCAAGAAGGCGAUUGUCAUCUUUGUCCCCGUCCCUUCCCUGCAGGGCUUCCACAGAGUCCAGCAGCGCCUGACUCGCGAGCUCGAGAAGAAGUUCUCUGACCGCCACGUCCUGAUCCUCGCUUCGCGCCGCAUUCUCCCCCGCCCCAAGCGGUCCACCCGCUCGCGCAACACUGCCACGCAGAAGCGCCCCCGCUCGCGCACCCUCACUGCUGUGCACGAUGCCAUCCUGACCGACCUCGUCUACCCCGUCGAGAUUGUCGGCAAGCGUCUCCGCACCAAGGAGGACGGCUCCAAGACCCUCAAGGUCAUCCUUGACGAGAAGGAGCGUGGCGGUGUGGACUACAGACUCGACACCUACUCCGAGGUCUACAAGCGCCUCACUGGCCGUGGCGUCAUUUUCGAGUUCCCCCAGACCGGUGCCACUGACUAUUAG